AUGCCGGCCGUCGAACCCCCCGUUCUAUCUUCAGAGUCCGGAUUCGUCAAGAUGGAGGACCGGAAGAGGCCUGCCGCGGAGAACAAUGAGUCGGCCCCGCCUUUGAAGAAGCAGGCGACCACUGUCAACGGUGGAAGCAAACCCCACCCAGAUGCGGAUAUGCCGUGGAAAGAUGACUUGGAGCGUUUCCAAAAAGACGCGAUCCUUCGCCAAAUGCAAGAAUACAAGAGAGAGAAAGCCGGGUUAGAAUCGCGCUUGGAUCGGAUGUCCAAAGCUGCAGCCCACCAUGACAAUCACCUUCGCGCUAUCGAUGCUUGGUUUCGCCAGUUGGUUGAUGAGGUGAAAACAAUCCUUGGACCCUCGCAGGAAUCGAUCAAAGAACCCGUGUUCAAAAGCUCGCUUCAAUUCGAAGAUGUGGACGAGUUUGAGAGCCAUUUGAAGUCGAGGACGGAGGAUAUUCGCGAAAUCAUCUCUCAUCUCCACUCGGGAGUGGCCAAUCUGUCACCCGACGUCACUCAGCUACAAGACCAAUUAGCAAAGAAGCUUGCGGAGGAGAAAGUCACGAUUGCUAGAUUGGAACAGACCGUUGCCGAAAAGCAACAACUCGAAGAAAGUCUGGAAGCCGCGUCACUUCGGUACAUGGUAGCGGAAAAGAAACUUGAUCGGGCACGCAGCGUGACUGUUGCCAAAUUGGAAAAACAGUACUUGAUGGGUGGACAGCGCCCAAGCUCGGAGGGUGCGCAGGCCAAACGCGAAGAUUCAUCUCCAGCCAACGGAGGAACUCCCGUCGGGGAACGAAGUGCUGAGUUGGAGGAGGCCAACAAUAAGCUGAAUGCGGUCUCGGAGAAGCAAAAGGAACAGUUGCAGAAGUUGGAGGCUGAGAAUGCAAAGCUGCUCGAACAAAUUACCGAGAUCAAGAUCAAGGACUCGAAACUCACAGACGAUGACUAUGCUCAUACCGAUCUCUUCAAACAACUUCGAUCCCAAUAUGACGAUGUGGUGAAGCGAAUCAACCAUCUGGAGGCAACGAAUGUUCAACUACGCGAGGAAGCCGAGAAGUAUCGCUCAGAACGGAAUGCAUACAAAUGGCAACUUGAGGAGGAAUCGAAGGCCACGAUCGCGGAGAAAGAAGCAGCUCUAAUGAGAGCCGAGAACGACUUGGCGCGGAUACGGAACACUCGUGAUGAACUGUUUGCCGAUCAGCAAAUACGCAAGAAUGCCCAGGAUCAGGAGAAAACCGCGGGUGUGAAGUUGCAGGAGUUGGCGGAUGCACGAGAAGCCCGCAUCGCCGCUUUGGAAUCCGAGAUCGAGAGGUUACGGUUGCAGAUUGAGGGAUCUAAAACGGUGGAGAAUGUGGACGAAAUACCGAUUGAUGAACUUCGUUCCAAGUACAGCAGUCUGGAACGCCAAUAUUCCAUGCUCAACACCGAGUUAGCCUCCAUGCAAACGGCUUACAAGAAGUUCUCGACCCUGGCCUCACAGAAAGUGACCGACUUGGGUGCUUUGGAAGAGAAGAUGGCACGGCUGACGGCGGAGAAGUCCAAGGCUGAUCAGAAGUAUUUUGCUGCCAUGAAGAGCAAGGAGGCGCGAGAUGUGGAGGUCCGCACACUUCGAAUGCAGAACUCGAAAACUUCCGAUAUUGUGUCGCAGUUGAAGGAGUCUGAGGCUGCGACAAGAUCUCUGUUGUCUAAUAUGGACAAGCAAGUCAACGAGACGAAGGAGGCUCUGAAUUCCGCAUUAGAGAAACACCGGGUGACCCAACAGCAGUUGACCGAGAGCAACAUUGCGGUGGAAGGGCUGAAGAAUCAAGUCUCCGAGUUAAAGACUCUAUCAACUUCCAAGGACUCAACCUUGAGCAACACGUCAUCUGCCUUGCGUCAAGCAGAGACCGAGAUCGCAGGCUUGAAGCAAUCGCUCUCAGAUACGAAGAAGAGCUUGGACAACUGGAAGAACAAGAGUCUCGGCAACUCCUCCUCCGAGUAUGAGAUGUUGCGGACUCUUGCACUGUGCACGGUUUGCCGCCGCAACUUCAAGAACACGGUCAUCAAAACGUGCGGUCACGUCUUCUGCAAGGACUGCGUCGAGGAACGUCUCACUUCGCGGUCCCGCAAAUGUCCCAACUGCAACCGUUCCUUCGGAAGCAACGACCACAUGCACAUUACCCUGUGA